CUGCUGUGGCUGCUGCUGAGCAUGGGUGGGGUGUGGGCAUCCAGGGGGCCACUGCGGCCACUGUGCCGGCCCAUCAAUGCCACCCUAGCUGCCGAGAACGAGGCCUGCCCCAUCUGCAUCACCUUCACCACCAGCAUCUGUGCCGGCUACUGCCCCAGCAUGGUGCGGGUGCUGCCAGCCGCCCUGCCACCCGUGCCGCAGCCGGUGUGCACCUACCGUGAGCUGCGCUUUGCCUCCAUCCGGCUCCCCGGCUGCCCGCCUGGCGUGGACCCCGUGGUCUCCUUCCCCGUGGCCCUCAGCUGUCACUGUGGGGCCUGCCGCCUCAGCAGCUCUGACUGCGGGGGUCCCAGAGCCCAACCCUUUGCCUGUGACCACCCCCACCUCCCAAGCCUCCUCCUCCUCUAAAGACCCCAACCUUCCACGCCCACCCCAACUUCUGGAGCCAGCAGAUGCUCCAUCCUCCCACCUCCCGAAUAAA